GAAGUUCUGUUCGCUUUUUUGGAAAACCUAUAGAUAUUCAGUCCUAAGUCUUACACAAAUACAUUAUCCCUCCCGGCCCUCCACCUGUCUAUUUGGGCCGUCCCAUUUGAGAAUCUGCACAAACAACCGUCUGAGCUGGCCCGGGGCAGAACCGGUCCGGUCGGAACGUUUGUCAUUCAAAUCAGCAGAUCCUGUGUGUGUCAGAGAGGGAGGGUGACAGUUCGUACCGUCACCGCAAACAGACGAGAGAUCUACACGUCUUAAAAUCACACAGAACAAGUGUGUGUGGUGAGCCGAACUGACCAGACAAACCGAGACCAUGGCUGUCAGAAUACUCACCCUAACCUGGGCAGUGCUGGUAGUCGUCGUCCCAUGGACCACAUGUACAGCUGCAGAUGACCGGCCCAGCAGCGGAGAGAUGUACGUGGCACAGGUGCAUGCCAGGGUCCGGCGGGCAGCCUGCGAUCCCUUCAUAGAUCCUAACUGUAACACAGAAAUCAGCCUGAACAGAGAAUGUUACAGCUGCGACAUGAGCACGGACCCGGAGUGUUACAAGUUCCGCAGCAGACAGACGUCAGGCAAGGCGCAGUGCGACCCGGGAGAGUACUGCUGGGUGACGAACAGAUUCGACCUGCAGAGGAACGUGUGGACGUUCUACAGCCGCGGCUGCGAGGACCGCACAUGCGCACAGUGGCAGAAGUGGGACUGCCAGACCACCAACAACAUCCGGGAAUGCAGCUUCUGCUGCCGGGAGGACCGCUGCAAUGGAUUCUGGGGAAUCGCCAACGGUGCAGUACAGACGGCGGGCGUCAGGGGGCUCUUCGGCGUAGUCUUAGCGAUGAUGUCCGCUUUGUAUGCUUUGCUGUGAAAUAUGUUACAUCAGCGACAAUAAUCAGUAAAUAUUCAAUUCACAUAAUUUUUUUUACAUCUAGCGGUGUCUUUUAGGUCAGAACUAUUAUUCGUCCACUUUCAGCCCAAAGAUUUGCUGUAAGUUUCACAAUUCGAUCAAUCUAAAAACAUUUUUAAAUCUAUGCAUCUUAUUUCUUAAAGAACGUAGUUUUUACGUAUGACACAAGAAGUGUUUCUUAAAUAUGUGCAACAAUUUUUUACAGAUUAGAUUUAACUUUCUUUGUGUAUUUCGUAAUAAUGGGUGUAGGGCUAAUUUAGUAGGGUGUAGUCCAAAAUAUUACUAUUAUAUGUGCAAGGCUUGCUACAAUGUAGCAUCAGUUGUGUAUAUAUAUCCAAGUGUUUUGGGGCUUACCAGUCCACAGGUUACAUAAGCGAAGUAGAUAGGGUUAUUGAAGUUUCUACAGUCAAACCUGGUCUAUGUUAAUAGAGCCAGAUAGUAUUUUUGACAUGAAUAUGUUCUCUGUAGCAUUUUUUAAAGACUUACACAGACUAUACACAUUUGAUAUUGCCGUGAAAAUAUUUCUACAGGUUGUCAUAAGUACUGCAGAAUGUCUGCUCUGGACAAUGUUGAGGAGUAAUAUUCCUUAGUGUCUUUCUGUAUUCACACUCUAUAUAUUUCUUAAUGAGAACCUGUCAAGUAUAAAUAGAAAGUCAGCCCAAGGAGGUUUUAACCUCCUUGGUCAGCCCCUUGUAUCCGUAGUGUCAUCCACAAUUCUUAAGUUCUAAAAGUUGAAGUCUCUAGCACACAUUUGUACUGAAUAAGACUGAACCGUUCCAUAAAUGAUAGUAAAGUUUAUUUACUGUACGAAA